AUGUCCCAACUACUACUCGGCCCCAAUUCCACGUGGUUUCUCACUCUGAAGGUAAGUCCAAGUCCAACGAUCAAAGUCGUCUUCCAUAUCAGAGCUGCAGAACCCAAAACCCUAACCCCAGUUCUUACACAGAAUUCAAUACAGAAGUGUUCUUGCAUUAUAGUUAAUGCCAUGAUGACCUCAAAAUUCUCUGUGCUGUCGCUUAAUCCUCGGAUUAGUGGACCCGUUUUAGUCAGUAAUGCAAAGAUUGUUGAUUUCAGAGACAAUAGUAGCUUGCCAUGUUCUUGUAUUCAUAAUGUUGGGAUCCAUCCUCACUUUUCUUUACCUUUCCAGAAGCAAAAUAAUUUAGUCUUAGCCGGCAGCUUUGAAAGAGGAACCAAGAUCAAAGUUUUGCCAGGGCACCAUUUUCUCGAUUUGCAAACUAGAAUGCAUAUACCCUUCAGACAAACUUCCCUGCCACUACUUUGGAAACCAUGUCAAGUAAAAAGUGGGGACUCAGAGGGAGCAUUGAGUGGUGAAAGCAUCAUUAUAAAUGAGCAGACCUUAGAGCAUGAACUACAGAUUGCCAUUGAGGAGGAGAAUUAUGCCCAAGCAGCAAAAAUCAGGGAUAGACUCCGGCUUCUCCAGGAGGAUAGCAAGGCCUCAGUACUAGCAGCAAAUGCUCGGUUUUACAACUCAUUCAGGAAAGGGGACCUGGCUGCUAUGCAAGCUCUAUGGUCAAAGGGGGAUAAUGUGUGUGUCGUGCACCCUGGUGUGAGUGGCAUAUCUGGUUAUGAUCUUGUAAUGGGGAGUUGGGAAUAUGUAUGGGCAGACUAUGAAUUUCCAUUGAAGAUCGAGAUUAAGGAUGUUCAAGUUCAUGUUAGAGGUGAUGUAGGGUAUGUUAACUGCACUGAAAUGGUUAAGACGAAGGGUAGCAGCUGGGGAAAACAAUUUGCGACAAAUGUGUUCGAGAGAGUUAAUGGUGAAUGGUUCAUCUGUAUUCACCAUGCAUCACAAUUUCUUGACUUGUGAUCAGAAUACUGCAUAUUUUAAUGCUUGCAAUGAUGAAUGGUUGCCUCUUAUUCUGUAAGUUCUUAUGUACCUGUAUGCCAGAAUAUCAGUUUAAAUAACAUAUUUGAAUGCGUACCCAGAAGAAUUGCAGUCUUUUAUUGCUUUAUUUUCAGUUUAUUUUUAUGCUAGAUUAUCAUUUCAAAUUUCCUCUCUUACACACACAAACACCUUUCGUUGUAUUUUUGAGCUUCUUUACGUGUAACUUCAAUUUAAUUCAUAAGAAGAGACACCUGGUCUGGAAAUUCAGUUAUGGAUGUUUAAAGGUUGCCUGUUUUAAAGGAUAUACACCUGUUGCCAUAUUGUCCCAAAGUUUGUCUUGGUCGUUAGUUUUGCGCUUGGACAUUGUUUCCACAUUCCUUGAUAAGUAUAGAGGAUCUUCUUGCUUCAUCAGCGGUUUGUAUCACAAUUUGGUUACUUCAAGUAUUCGCUCUUCGGUGCCUUUCUGCUCCUGUGCACACAGCCUGAAUGCUCUGAUUACAUUUAGGUGGUGAGGCUAAAGUGUCGAGUGAUUCUAAAACUGCAAUCUAUUUUUUUUCUAACGGAAAAAUGGAAUCAUGGACAUCUCAAAUUUUGAUGUGUAGUCUUGAAACCUACAUACUGAAAAUUGGU